UAACAGAAACAACCAGUUUUGCCUCAAGCUCAAACUCCAUGGCCAUGAAGCUUCUACUCUCACCGCCCUCCUCUUCUCUCUCUCAACCCACCACCUUCUUCUCUUUACAUUCCAACUCAACCAGACCCAAACCCAUUUCAGUCCCGACCCUUCUCUUCCAAUGGACCCCAAAACGGUUCGUUUUCUCCAAGAGAAUGGUUGUCAAAGCUUGUGUGAAAGUAGAAGAGAAGAACGUUCAGGAAUCUUCUGGAAGUGAGUGGGGGAAGGUCUCUGCUGUGCUGUUUGAUAUGGAUGGAGUGCUCUGCAAUAGUGAAGAGCUUUCUAGAAGGGCCGCGGUGGAAGUUUUCGCCGAAAUGGGAGUUGAGACCACCGUGGAGGACUUUAUUCCGUUUGGAGGAACUGGUGAAGCGAAUUUUUUAGGAGGUGUUGCUUCUGUUAAGGGGGUAAAAGGAUUCGAUACCGAGGCAGCAAAGAAGAGGUUCUUUGAAAUAUAUUUGGAAAAGUAUGCAAAACCAGAUUCUGGAAUAGGAUUCCCCGGUGCCCUUGAACUUGUUACUCAGUGUAAAAGCAAAGGCCUUAAAGUUGCUGUUGCUUCUAGUGCUGAUCUAAUCAAGGUUAAGGCAAAUCUAGCUGCUGCCAACUUGCCACUGUCAUUGUUUGAUGCUAUUGUGUCAGCAGAUGCUUUUGAGAAUCUGAAACCUUCUCCUGAUAUCUUCUUGGCUGCAUCAAAGAUUUUGGAUGUAAUCCCUAGUGAGUGUAUUGUAAUUGAGGAUGCACUAGCUGGAGUGCAGGCUGCCAAAUCUGCAAAAAUGAGAUGUAUAGCUGUGAAAACUACUUUUUCAGAAGAAGCUCUAAAGAGUGCUGGUCCAUCCAUCAUUCGAAAUCAUAUAGGAAAUAUUUCACUCGAUGAUAUUCUCAGUGGUGGCUCGGAUGGCUAUAGUAUGUAGUCCUGAGAAUAUGCGCAGUCAUUUGUAUCUUCAAAUAAUGUAGAAUGUAAGACCUUUUCUACGGGUUUCAGGGUUGUUCGGCGAGAUAUAGUGAAAUAUGGAAGCUUGGGAAUUGCUUUGUCUUGCCUUGCCUUCACCAUAUCAAACUGGAAGGCAAUGCAAUAUGCAUCACCAAAAGCUAUCUGGAAUGUGAUAUUUGGGGUCAACCAGCCAUCUAUUGCACAGAAAGAAGGUGAAUCAAAGAUGGAAAGAAUCCAACAAUUUGUGAACUAUAUAUCUGACCUGGAAUCCAGAGGAGCUGCUCCUAUUGUUCCAGAAUUUCCACCAAAACUUGAUUGGUUGAAUACAGCUCCCAUCAACUUUUGGCAGGAUCUCAAAGGAAAAGUGGUUGUGCUGGACUUUUGGACCUAUUGUUGUAUAAACUGUAUGCAUGUACUGCCAGACCUAGAGUUUUUGGAAAGAAAAUACAAAGAUAUGCCGUUUGCUGUGGUGGGAGUUCAUUCGGCAAAGUUUGAUAAUGAGAAGGAUUUAGAAGCCAUUCGGAAUGCAGUAUUACGCUAUGACAUCACUCACCCAGUAGUCAAUGAUGGAGAUAUGUAUCUAUGGAGAGAGCUAGGUGUGAAUUCAUGGCCAACAUUUGCUGUUGUUGGGCCCAAUGGAAGACUUCUUGCUCAACUAUCAGGUGAAGGUCGCCGCAAGGAUCUUGAUGAUUUGGUGGAGGCAGCUCUUCUGUACUAUGGCCGAAAGAAGAUAUUGGACAAUGCACCACUUCCUUUGAGUUUGGAGAAAGAUAAUGAUCCCCGUUUGUUUACAUCUCCCUUAAAGUUUCCUGGGAAGCUAGCAGUUGAUGUCGAGAAUGAUAGGCUCUUCAUUUCAGACAGUAAUCAUAACCGCAUAGUUGUUACCGACCUAGAUGGAAAUUUUAUUGUCCAAAUUGGAAGUACAGGAGAGGAAGGUCUACGUGAUGGUUCUUUUGAUGAUGCCACCUUUAAUCGGCCUCAGGGCCUGGCUUACAACACAAAGAAAAAUCUUCUCUAUGUAGCAGAUACUGAAAACCAUGCUUUGAGGGAGAUUGACUUUGUAAACGAAACAGUGCGUACUCUAGCUGGAAAUGGAACCAAAGGCUCUGAUUACAGAGGGGGAGGAAAAGGAAGCACUCAGCUACUUAACUCUCCAUGGGAUGUCUGCUAUCAUCCAGUGAAUGAGAAAGUUUAUAUUGCAAUGGCCGGCCAACAUCAAAUUUGGCAACUUGAUAUAGUUGAUGGGGUUACUAGAGCUUUUAGUGGUGAUGGUUAUGAAAGAAAUCUGAAUGGAUCAAGCGCUUCAAGCACAUCGUUUGCACAGCCUUCUGGAAUUUCAUUAUCUUCUGAUAUGACGGAGCUGUAUAUUGCUGAUAGUGAGAGUAGUUCUAUCAGGGUUCUUGUUCUAAAAACAGGAGGAUCGAGAUUGCUAGCCGGUGGUGAUCCAGUUUAUUCAGACAACUUGUUUAAGUUUGGGGACCAUGAUGGAAUAGGUUCUGAAGUACUUCUUCAACAUCCACUCGGUGUCUUGUGUACAAAAGACGGUCAAAUCUAUAUCGCGGAUAGCUAUAAUCACAAGAUAAAAAAGUUAGAUCCAGCUAGUAAAAGAGUCAGUACCUUAGCAGGGACAGGGAAAGCUGGUUUCAAGGAUGGAACAGCUCUUGAAGCUCAGCUUUCAGAGCCAUCAGGAAUCAUUGAAGCGAAAAAUGGGAGACUCUUCAUAGCCGAUACAAACAACAGUCUAAUCAGAUAUAUUGACUUAAGCAACAAAGAACCUGCCCUUCUUACUUUGGAGCUAAAAGGGGUUCAACCUCCCACAGUAAAAUCGAAGUCUUUGAAACGCCUCAGAAGGCGCUCAUCAGCUGACACACAGACCGUUACAGUUGAUGGUGGUUCAUCCAAUGAGGGCAACCUCUCUAUUAAAAUAUCAUUACCUGAAGAGUAUCAUUUUUCAAAGGAAGCUCGCAGUAAGUUUAGUGUUGAAACUGAGCCUGAAACUGCGGUUCUUGUUGAUCCCUCGGAGGGAUAUCUUAGUCCAGAAGGAUCAGCAGUACUUCAUUUUAGGAGACCCUCUCCCUCAGCUUCUGUGGGGAGAAUUAAUUGCAAGGUGUACUAUUGCAAAGAAGAUGAGGUAUGUUUAUACCAAUCCUUAUUAUUCGAGGUACCAUUUCAUGAGGAAGUUCCAGAAUCCAACCCAGAAGAAAUCACACUUUCCUACCUUGUAAAGCCCAGAACUUCAACAAACAGCUUACAGCUACCAGCUGCACGCUGA